AUGUCUACGCCACUGCAAGUCUCUCUUGAAAUUCCUGAAGAAAUUAAUAUUACGCAUGCCCAGAGUAUCAGUGAUCGGGAUAAAAGCGGGGGCCGGAUCUACAGAUGUCAGCUUGCGUUGGAAAGAGGCGCAAGAGAGCCGUACUUUAGCUCUUUAGAGGCAAACUUUCAUUCUGAGCAAGAAGCCUGCCGUUGCAGUAUACCCAUGGGGUUUUCUACUCCGCUAUCCAAACUUACCCCUCUGCGUGCCUCAGAAGCUGCGGAUUCCUCACCAGAUAUUUCCCUGAUAACCAGUGCUAGCGCGACACCAGGGACUUUAACAGGGCAGGAAAAUUGCAUAGUUUUAUUUUCUAAUUUAGUCACUUCAAAUGCCAUCGUGCCGAAGAUCCAGGUGAGGUCUGGGUCGUGUGUCGCCGGCUCGGUGCCGUUUUCCUCUUUUCUGUUCGAGGAGCUAUAUUUAGGAAUGCCGUCUCAAUUACCUACGGCCUGGACUCAAAGUCAGGAGCAACCACAGAAGUGCCUGGAGAAGGAUCAAGCGGAGGUGGAAAAAUUCACGAAAACAAUCCAGAAAGAAGGAACUGGUACCAGAAACGGUGAUGAAAAUUCUGUUUGCAAUAUUCUUCCUGCAGUUGGAUUCAGGGAAAGGGAUGAAGUAUAUCUUCACGACAAGGUAGGUGGAGACCCCAGCAACGCAACUCAUGAGGGCUUCGCAUGCAAAGUAGAUAAAGGAGUAGAUGUCCUGUCAACUGAAGGCAGUGAAACACGUACCUCAGGGAGCAACAAGUCUUUGAUCCUACAAACGAUACCAAUAGCACCACAAAGCUUUGCAAAGAAUGAAUCAUUCCAUUUACUGAGUUCCUCAUCCACGUUGUCGCUUGAGGGAUCGAAAACGACUGACAUGCACCAUACCUCUGCUUUCAGAGACCAACCCAAUACUAACCAGCCAGAGAAGAGAUUUCUUUCGAUCAGGGCAGGGGAUACCCAACGACUAUACGGCGAUGAGAGGUGCAUCCAGCGUGGGUGUAUAAAAACUUCCAAACAAAGUACUCCUGAUUUGAAAGCAAUGUUGGCACUUCAGCACACAGAAAGCGGUGUUUUUGAUACACACCGCUUUCCAGAAUACUUUGCACUGGCUUCUGUGGCAUCAGUUCUUGCUAUUGAUAGCAUGUUGUCUAGUUGUACCAAUUAG